AUGUAAAACAACAUACAUAAUUACUAUCCUUUUGAAGACGAAGAAGAAGAGAGAAAAUCAUGGAAUAAAACAAAGAAAAUGUUCAAUUAUGGUCAUUAUAGUUUAAAUUUCCACAAAUAACAGAUUUACAUAAAGUAAUAGAAAAAAAUAUAUGAAACAAUAAAUUAUAAUAAAAUUGAAUAUCUCAGAUCAGAAGACGAAGAUCCUGAAAAUGAGUCAGGUUUAAAAAUGGUCUUGAUAAUAAGAAAAGGAAAAAGUAUGUUUUCAGACCAAUUAAAUAAUAAUUAUCAUUUUAAUAACAUCACAUUCUUGAUACUCUAUAAGAUUUAUCAAUAUCUUGAUUUAGAAUAUGAAUUAUAAGUCUUUAACAAGAGUUACAUAUUUUCUCAAGAUGAAAAUGAAAGAGAAUCUUGUUAUAUUCCAAUUUAAACAAAGAUUUAUUUGGAUAAUAAAAAUAAAAUCGGAGUUGAACCUGAUGAACUUUUCAUGUUAUAGAAGAUUCAAUCCAUUUAUGAGAAGAAAUUUAAUAAUAAUAUUGUUUUAAUUUAUAGAUUUUAUAAGAAAUUAUGUAAAGAUAUAUUUUUGCUUAAUAUGAUAAAUGAUAAUAAUUGGAAAGGAUUGAGUUAACGUUUAUCUAUUUUUAAUUAAAUAAUGGAAUUCUUACCUUAAAAAGUUAGUAUAUAUAAAGAAUGGAUAGAAAUGCAAGUUCUGUUCAAUAUAAAGAGCACAGGCAUGUAUACUAAUAAUAACAACAAAAAAACUUCUAAAUAAAUAUUAGAAGAAGAAGAAUAAUUUUAAAAGGAUUAAAAAGCGAAAGACUAAAACAAGGAACUUUAUUAGACAAUAAAUCCAAAAAAAGUUCUUGUGUAAGACACUUUUAAUAAUAUAGGAUUUUAAUAAUAAUAAAUAGAACCUGAUAUGUUAAUGGCAAGGAUAAGACCUUAACAUACUCUACCCCAGAGCACAACGUUACCCCAAAGCAUAACGUUACCCCAAAGCAUAACGUUACCCCAAAACACAACGUUACCCCAAAGCACAGCUUACAUAGAAUACGAGGUUAAAGUUUCAGACAGAGCCAAGUUAUAUAUAACUGUUCCUGACAAAGGAAAUGAUUUUCCAGAAAUUUAAUUUUCCGGGGAAACAUUUGAGCAAUAAAUAGAAAGAAUGAUUUAUCACUUCAAAGAAAUAGUAGAUAAAUAAACUUUCUAAGAUUUUGGCCUUGACAUUGUUAAUACAAGCUUACUUGGUUAUUCUUCGUUGAUAGAUAACCAUAUAACUAAAAAACGUUUGCCUGGGCGAUAUUAAAUUUAAAAAGCCAUGAAAAUAACAGAUUUUUAUCAAAACAGAAUCACAUAUCAAGAACAUAACGAAUUAUUCCAUUUAUGGUUCAUGUAAAUCGCAUCGCAUUUGUUGCAUAAGGAAACUGGGAAAUAUUUUCAUAUCGAAUACUAUCAAAAAGUUUUGAAUUGUAUCGUAACAUAAAUUCCUUUCUAAACUUUAACGCUUGAUUCUGAGCGCGCUGACGAUUUGAUGAAUAAUGAUCUCAUCAAAUAACAAACCAGGAGGUUCUAUUAGUUAGUAAAUAAAAAUCUAGUUCAUAUUGCUAGCUGUAAUUAUGGAGUUUAAGAUUCGAUUGGGUUUGUUAUAAACUUUAACACCGAACAAAUCCCUAAAGAAAGCGAAUUAAGAAAGGAACAUAAAUUCCGUAUUUAGCUAAAGAGAAUUAAAUUGUAACUAAAAAAUCAAGUCCAAUAACUGGCAAUAUACGUCUAAUAAUAAAAUCUUACGAAAUUGCGAAAUUUUAAGAAUUUUGAAUUCUAUUUAGCGAUAGCUAUUAUAGAAAAAUUUUUUGUUGUGCCCGAUUUCUUCGGAGUUCCGUUGUUUGACGAUGAAUUUUAAAAUUAUCGUUAAGCGAUGAUUCAAUUAUAAAAGAGCUACUUGAGAAAGUUCGAUCAUGUCAAGCAAUAGGAGUAUGAGCCCUAUAAAUCUAACAUGAAAAUUUAGGUCGAAAAUUAUAGGAACGCUCAAAAACAAUAAAUAGGCUACAUAAAUAUUAAAUUAGAUGGUUUGUGA